CCCACAGGCACACAGUGGUUCAGUGCGAGUGAGUGUUUAGGCUAUGGAGGAAGAAUUCUCGGUCGACGAUCCAGCUCAGCUUCUCGAAGCUGCUUCAGAGUUCGCAAACUAUCCCGGAGUUCAAACCGACGCUUCAGCCAAGGAAUUUCUGGACCGCUUCCCUCUUCCUGUCAUCCUCAAUGCUUUACAGACGAAAGCCGAUGUGCCUGGUUUAGAAAAUACCUUGGUUGCUGUUUUGGAAUGUAUUUUCAAAACAAGAUAUGGUGCUUCUCUCAUCCCACAGUAUAUGCCUUUCAUACAAGUUGGUCUGACGGCAGAUUCUCAGAAAGUCAAAUCUUUAGCUUGUAAAACGGUUACUCGCCUUCUCGAAAGUGUGAAUGGAGAUGCUGUUUCUGCACAUCUUAUAAUUGACAACAAUAUAUAUCCUCUAUUGCUUGAUUGCCUAGUCAAUGGAAAUGAACAAGUUACAACUGUAGCAACUGAAGCAAUAAAGAAUAUAGCUGGUAGUCCAGCAGGCAUAGAUAUUGUUUUCCCAGCUAAUACCAAUGAAGCUACACAUCUUGGAAAGUUAGCAUCUGAAUGCUCAUCACUGGGACGGGUUCGAAUUUUGGCUUUAAUUGUGAAGCUAUUCUCUGUCUCCCCCCAUGUGGCAUCAGUGGUUUCAAAGUCAAAUCUACUUAGACUUUUCGAAGCAGAAAUUAACUCCAAUGAUACCCUUGCAACCUUAACUGUUAUGGAGCUUUUGUAUGAGUUAUCAGAGAUCAAGCACGGUAGAGUUUUUUUGUCAACAAGCACCCUUCUGCAGCUGCUUAGUUCUAUAAUAAGCAACCAGUCAAUGGACUCAAUUCUAAAAUCAAGGGCGAUGAUGAUUGGUGGAAGACUGCUGUCGAAUGAGAAUUACAUUUUGUCUGAUGAAUCUAGUGUGAAGACUGUGGUAUUAGCCAUAGAUAGAAUACUCAAUUCAUCAGAAACUCAUGAUGCAGAUGAAUGUGAAUCUGCUCUUGAAGCUCUGGGUCAAAUAGGGUCAUCAAUGCAAGGAGCGCAAUUGCUACUGUCAAGCUCACCACCAGCUGCAAGACAUGUUAUCUAUUCUGCCUUUGAUAGGCAGGGACAUGGUAGACAACUGGCUGCCUUGCAUGCCCUUGCAAACAUCGCUGGAGAAACUCGAUCUGAGAACAGCAUAAUACUGACUAGUGAUGCAGAAGAAAGCCUACGACGCUUGAUUUAUGAAACCGCAUCCAAGAGCUCAAAGUUGACACCAUCAGGUGUAUUCCUCUCAGUUUUCCAACAGGAUCCAGAGACUCGUUUGGCGGGUUAUAGAGUGCUGACUGGGUUGGCGGCUCGCCCAUGGUGCCUCAUGGAGAUUUGCUCAAAGCAAGAGAUAAUAAAUAUAGUGACUGAUGCCACUACUGAAACCACAAAACUAGGCAUGGAAGCAAGAUAUAAUUGUUGCAAGGCUAUCCAUACGGCUUUUAACAUGUCAAGUAAGCUUUCAAGCGACCCAGCGCUUGGUGGGAUUGCGGCAAAGUUGCAUGAAGCUGUGAGACUGGGUCCCUAUCUUGCUAGAAAGCAUCAUGAAGCUCAACCUAUAGUGGUGACAGCCGACAGAUUCUAGAUUAACAUCAGCAACUUUGUGCAGCUUGCAGUUACUUUUAACACCUGUUGUAUACAAAAGUUUGUUCAAACAGCUAGUCUGCAAUGAAAUGCGCUUUUAGAUUUUACUUGAAAUGCAAUUGAAUGGAUUUUGAAAAAGAAUGUGACAAUUUAACUUUGGAUUGCUUUUUUAGAUAUUAUUCGGUUUAGACCUUGAAGGCA